CAGUCAGUUGUCGGUCAACUUGUGCACGUGCAUCAUCUCCCAAAGGGGGGAACCUACAAUACGGCUUCGGACCCAACUUGAGGGAGGCGACCCAUCGAUUGGACCUUAAUUUAUUCUGCUUCGGUCGCUAAUCGUGUAUCCUGCGGCGGUGGUGGAAAACUGCCUCGAGUGUGUGGCAAAAGGCGGAGGAAAAGGGCGGAACCGUUUGCGCUUUCGGAUAUUGUUUGCGUGGUGGGGUGGUUGGGAGGUUGAGCGGAAGUGAUGGGAAAAAAGACGUACCGUUGUUUGGGUGGCUGAUUUGGAAGAAAAUCGUCUUAUUGUGCGGUGUGGUGUCUUGUGAAGGCUGAGUCGGCGAGGUGCGGCCUAACGAAGUUUAGCCCGAGUUUGAUUUUUCGCUGUUCGUUGUGCACAGAGUAAGGAACUCGUGUGUAUUAUAUCAAGCAGUAAAUUAUCAUAUCAGUAUAAUUAGUGAAUUGGUGAGUUAACGUGAGCCCAAAAUAAUCGCACGAGAGGAGAUUGGAUUUUGGUGAACAACUUUGUUGAAAGGGGAAAGAUUGGUCUCGCAUGGAAUGUUCGGUACGACCAAAAUACAAAUUGGAAGCUUAGUGAAAGUGUUGAAACAGCAAUAUCGCCCCCGUUGGUAUGCAAUACGCACGGUUGAGUACCUGUUCGGAAAAAGGGUCUCUUAUUUAUAUUUUCACCGGUAAACGGCAGCUGUGACUCGACGAGGACAACACAAGAAGCGAUCCCCUGUCGACGGAACAAUUCACGUUAAAUUUGGUGUGAAGAAGGUACAGGACCCGAGUGUGCCGUCAUGGUUCAGUGGUACGCAGAGUAAAACAACAAACAAAACCCAAACGAACGGAAAAAAAAUCUAACCGACCCAUUCCUGGGUGGUAAUUUAGUGUGCAAAAAGUUCCCAUAAGUGACGGGGCUCCGUAUUAUACCUACAUAUCGAACCGGCGAGCUUCUGCCCCGAGAGUGUGCAAAGUGAAACCCAAUAAGGUGGAAUCAAACAAAUAAUAGAAAAAGGUCCGAGAACGGAGAAGCCAGGGGAGUAGUGAUUUGGCACCAGAAUGAAGAAAAAUGAGGAAAUUUGGGGAUCGAAUUGAAGCCGAUCCUUCCGGGCUUGGAUUGUUCCCGACGGGGGUCUGAACUGGAAGCUGAAAGGGCUACGCAGUUUUGGAUUGGGGUUACAGCUUGGAUAUUUUAAGCAGUGCUUUCCUUUUCCUCUUGUUCGUAGGACGACGAGGACGACGACGCUAGGAGACUAUAAGGACGACCAGGCUUGAGCACAUAUCAUGGAAACGCUCUACACCGGACACAUCCACGGGUUUCCACCGGCGGCCAACGUUUCGUACGGUUCGCUGAGCACGACCUGGGGUUCCCAGGGGGGGCUCAUUGCACUGGGGGUGGUCCUGGGGAGCUCCGUCAGCCUGGUGGGGCUGGCUUUUGCCUUCAUUACGUACAGCUUGUUUUCCGACCUGAAGUCGUUGGCAGGCACGGCCCUCCUCAGCUUGCUCGCGUCACUCUUCAUGAGCCAGCUGCUGUUCGUGAUCGGUGUGGGUGGCGUUCAGGACACCGAACUUUGCCUUUCGCUGUCGUUGGCUUUGCUCUUUAUGAAAUUGGCCUCGAUGUGUUGGCUGUGCUGCUGCUGUCACCACGCGCUAAUGCUGUUUCGAUCCAGCACGAAUCUGAACCCAAGUCCGGAGCCCAGCAUGGGACGAGCGUUGGCGCAUUACAGCUUGCUUUCGUGGGGCUUUCCACUGCUAAUGCUGGGUGUGGCCGCCGCCUUCAAGUACAAAGAGCGGGACGUGAAAAUCACCGGGGCACAAGUCAUCGCACAAAUCGUGCACGACCUGAACGGCGAUAGUCAUUGUUGGCUGAUGGAAGGUUCGGCGUACAUCUGGGGCUUUCUGGUGCCGGCGGUGGUGCUUCUGUUUGCCGGAUUUUACCUCGCUUGCCAGGGUGGUGGAGCGGUCAAGAUUGCCGCAGCACUGCAAAUCGACAGCCGGGCCAAGAACAAGCUGGUCAAGAAACGGGGCCUCCAGAUCGGACUGUUCUUCAAGAUUCUGAUCGUACUGUCCACGGUGGUCUUUCUGGGAGCGAUAGCCUCGAUUUGGAAUGUUGUCGAACUUUGGUCCAUCUACAGCAUCGCACAAGGCAUCCAGGGCCUGGUGAUAGCGAUGCUCGUAUCAUGCAACUGCAAGAUCCUGAAGCUCUACUCGGCGCCCCGCAGUCAAAAGUCCCGCCGGGGAACGUAUCGCAGCCUCAAGGACGGCGAAGGGGGCCGCUACGGUGUCCUCUCGGUGACCAAUCCCAACUACGAAGACAUUCCGCCGAUGCAGCAUGCCUUCGCGCCGAUUCCGGAACCUGAGGAAUCCCCAUCGCCGGCGCACAGCUACGUCAAGAUGGCCUACCGGGAGCGUCACUUCGUCGAGCGGACAGACGUGGUUGUGCCCUCGGCCCUGGACUGUGCCUUCAGCGGGGAACUGUCCACCUCGUUGGCGAUCGAGGAAAUCCCACGCAGCCCUCUGCCGACCUCGGUGUGAAACCUGCCCGGGUUGAAAUGGAUGCGGCAGUUGGCCUAGCGUGCUGCGCUUUGGUUUGAGUUAUUGGGAAGAGGGGGCUUAGUGACGACAAUAAACGGAAGCCUGGGGAUCCAGGGGUGGUGCGACGAUGCCCUGCGUGAAAAACUACUACUAACUAUAUCAUACGGUGUAGCGUGCAUAUCUAGGUCAUAUCAGAGAUGAAAUAUCAACUAUAUUGUAUAUCAAGAUGAUUGUGUGUAUUUUAGGAGAAGGCUAGUACUUCAGAGAUUUUCGGCGAAGAAUGAUGUACAUACUGAAAAGAGAAAGAUUGAUUCGGUAAGGAGUAAGAAUCAUUCGGGUAAUGGAACUGUGUAGGAUGCUUUUAGGACAAGGUGGUCCGUUUGUUGAAAAUAUAUUGAGCCGUCAGUAGAAUACUGCACCAAGAAAGUAUGUAAAGAUGCAUUAGCUAAUACAA